AUGAAGCAAAAUCAAGAUCUAAAAUCAACUCCUCUUGGUUCAUCAAAUAUUUUAUCUCAUUCCACAGGAAAUACAAAUAUGCAUGGUGAAAAUAGUUGGUCUGUUUAUACGGGUCCAAUUCAUCAAGAUCCAAUAUUAAUAUCUAGAAAUAUACCAACAACAAUGGACAAUAGUGUUCUAUCAACAACAGACAUACAAUCAUCUCUUAUGGCAACAUCUUCAACUCAAUCGAAUACAAUGUUAGCGAACAAUAUGACAGUUAAUAACACCAAUGAAUCAAACAAAAUAAAUUAUCAAUUUAAAGUUAUGCUAUUAGGAGAUUCGGGCGUUGGGAAAACAUGUUUACUUGUGCGUUUUAAAGAUGGCACAUUUUUAGCCGGUAGUUUUAUAGCAACAGUGGGCAUCGACUUUCGAAACAAAAUUGUUACAUUAGGAGAAAAACAGAUUAAAUUACAAAUAUUUGAUACGGCAGGUCAAGAACGAUUUCGUAGUGUAACACAUUCGUAUUAUCGUGAUGCCCACGCCUUAUUGCUACUUUAUGAUGUGACAAAUUAUUCAUCAUUUGAAAAUAUAAGUGUUUGGCUAAGUGAAAUAAAAGAAUUUGCUCAUGAUGAUGUAAUUAUAAUGUUAAUUGGAAAUAAAAUUGAUAAAUCACAACGUGUAGUAUCAAAAGAGGCUGGUGAACGUUUGGCAAGAGAUUUUGAAGUCAGCUUUUUGGAAACAAGUGCAAAAACAGGACAAAAUGUUGAAUUAGCAUUUAUGGCGUGCGCUCAAGCACUUAUUGACAAAGAAUCAAGUAUUAAAAGUGGAAAAGAAUCAAUGAAUGAAAUGAUGAAAAUGACACCUGGUACCAAUGGAAAAGAAGCAUCGAAAAGUAGUGGAUGGUGUUGUUAA